AUGGCGCACUCCAGGUGGGGUCCGGUUCUCGGAAAAGGCAAAGUGCUGGACCUGCGGAGAGUUGAGAGAGUGCCAGAGACCACAUUUGACAUUCAUAUCACUUGGGACAUGAUCCCUUACUUCCGCAUUGUGGCUUACUAUGUCGUCGAUGACAAAGGCAAAGAGGAAAUUGUCGUGGAUUCCCUAUGGGUCGAAGUGGAGAGCUUAUGUGAUGAAAAGUUUCAGGUCAAUUCAGCAUUGCUCCCGCACCAGGAAGAUUAUGGAUUGGAGCUAUCAAUUUGGUCUGACAAUCCAGCCGAGGUCUUUGUGCAUGCGGUAGAUCCCAGACUUAAACAAUUACACACCCAGGACAUUAUCACCAUGAGGAAGGUCUUUGAAGAUUUGCAUUCCUACGAAAUUGACACAUCCUAUGGAAGCGGGAAGGAUGCUUUAGGUGUCUUCAGUCAUUCUAGGCUGCAACCCUUGUCCAAUCUAAUGCCACCACUCCCGGAGCCAGCAGUUCAAGGCCAGCCGAAGGGUCUUCCAUCAAAGAGAAGAUGGACGUUGGAGUCCAUUCCUGGAAGUGGAAGUGGAAAUAACAGGUAUGGCAGAAAAUCCCUGGCUUCAUACUUUAAUCAGGCUGUACUAAAACAGUUCUGCAUAGUCUUUGUGUUUCAAGAAAAGCAGCCAUUAGGAUUUGACAUUACAGUUGCAAAAACCGAAGGCAUGUACCACUCAGGAUACGACAACACAGAACUAGAUUGUGUCUCUGUGACCCUGGAUGUGAAAACAGCGAGUCCCUGGCUCGAGCUCUCUGAGGAUCUGAAGAGUUUGAAAUUGACUGGGACCCGGAGGAAUCUCCCUGACACCGAGAAGAGGUUUAUAGACCAUCUCUGUGUCCUGGGAUCACAGGGAUUCACAUCGGGGAGACAUUACUGGGAGGUCGAGGUGGAAGGGAAUCGGUGCUGGAGUCUGGGAGUAGCCUCAGAGUCUGUGGAGAGGAAGAGCGGCGUCAGUGUGAUACCAGAGGAUGGAUUCUGGAUCAUUGAGUGGUUUGAGGAUCGGUUUUAUAUAAACUCCUCUCCUCAAUCUCCUCUCCCUGUCGGUCAGAUCCCCAGGAAGGUGGGAAUUUAUCUCAGUUAUGAAUCUGGGACAGUUUCAUUUUACAACGUGGACACCAAGUCCCAACUCCACACCUUCACUGGGAAUACAUUCACUGGGAAACUUUAUCCUUUCUUUCAAACAUUUUAUGAAAACCAGUUUCUGAGAAUCUGCUCCAGUUUGGACCUGAAUUUCGGAAAGUGGUGGGACCUCGGGAUCUCCCUGACCUCAAGGUGACUUGACGCUGGGAGUGGAUCAGCGCCAGAGGUGAGGGAUUGGGGGUUAGAAACCAGUUUAUCACUGAAUGUGUUAUUCAAUUUUUAAAUUAUACUUUGCAAAAUGACAGUCAGACUGUACAUAAAGCCAAUACAAAAUUAAAAUCAG